CAACGGGUGUUUGUGAAACUGUGUGUCACAGAAAUAAAAGGCUGCAGGGGAAGCUGGUUCUUCAGAGUGGUCGGACACCGAGGGCAGAAGGGCUGCUCUGAGUUCCUUCCCUUGCUAGCAAGUAAAAUCGAUCGAUCACUGUUCGUCUUGCUUCGUUAACGGGAAUAAGUCUCUAAACCAGCGGGGCCUGUGGAAGCGCAGACCCAACACACACCUUUCUCUUCCACAGAGCUGAGCUCUCAGAAAUAAGCUACAUCCUUUCAUGCAAUGGAGGAAAUUUAUGUCAACCCUGCAAACAAGACUUCUAUUAAAAAACACACAGGUCCAUGGAGACGCAAGAGAAGCAUUUAUUUAGUUGUUAUUCUCUCGUUGGGCCUGCUGGCUGGACUUCUCACUCGUGCUUUCUGCUGGAGUAACGAACUUUCUUCUAUGACUGAGGAGAGAGACCUGCUGAAGGCCAACCUCACUGAAAUGACCAACGAGCUGGAGAGGCUGCAGAGUUUGUUCAACCAGAAGAAAACAUGUCCUGCAGGAUGGAGCAAGUUCAGUUGUAGCUGUUAUCUCCUGUCUGAAAGCUCUGACUCCUGGCAUUCAGCUAGAAAACACUGCACAGACCAAGGAGCAGAUUUGGUGGUCAUAGAUAGCCCUAAAGAACAGGACUUCAUCGUUUCAAUUACCCAGUAUAACACUUGGAUUGGUUUAAGUGACAUAGAACAAGAGGGAACGUGGAAAUGGGUAGACGGAACGCCUCUGACUCUGCAAUACUGGGCAUCUGGCCAGCCUGACAACAAGUUGUCUAAAGAGAACUGUGCUAUGAUCAGAUAUAAUGGAACUUCCUGGAAUGAUGGUGAAUGUGAAGCUAUUCACCAGUGGGUCUGUGAAAAACUACUGUAGCAGCUGAAUUUGUUUGAAAAUUAGAUUUGUACAUAUGUUUCAAAUUAGGCUAUGAUUGUUAUUUUAUUAGCAUUUUUAUAUAUCCUUUUCUGAAUAAGUAUUAAGCUUUAGUGAAAAUACAGCCCUUAAAAUACAACUAUGCAUGUAAUAAUAAUAAUA